ACAUGCUGUUUUAAUUUACAAAAAAGAAAAUAAUAAAAACAUGUGAAUGAAAAUUACAAUUGAUAUACGGAUAUUAUUCAUUUCAUGGUGCGCAAGAUUUAUAUAAAUUCCUGUACAAAAUACAACACUUGGUAUCUUUUUCGUACACUAUAAUAUGUAACAUACAUGUAUAUUUUCUCAAAAAAAUUUAACUUAAACAUUAAUCCACUACUUUUUAAUCUUUCAUAGUUAAAAAAUAACCUGGAGAUAUAAAUACAUAAAAAUCUUAUCAGUCGAAUAAGUUAUUGAUCUUAGUUCGAUAACCAUACUAUUCUUCUACUUUCUAUCUCAUAACCCAACGAUUAACGAAUUAGUCGUCCCUUUUCAUCGUACAUCUUUGUAAUAACCGUUAUGAAAUUAAAUCAAAGAUAAAACAGUAAUGUUUAUUUUAUUUAUAAUCGAAGACGAUCACCUGGUAAUUGGCAACCACCGCCACCGUGGCCAUGACCGGAUACCAAUUUACGAUCGGUUCAACAACCUGUGUCGCUGUUCUACGAUUCCCAUCUUUAUAAUUCAACCAUUUAAAAUGAAAUAGCACGGAUAUACAUCGUAUUAUUUCGCAAUGUCACUUAUGUCGCGUGCUGUUUUUUUGACAUUCAAAAGAAAUCCGCGUAAGUGAAAGUGUUGGGAAAAUAAAUGCAAGAGAGCCAAUACUAUAACACGAAACAGUUUCGAAUAUCAGGGGAAGACAUUACUCAGCAAAUACGGGGUGACUCAAAAAACACAGGAGACGCGUUCUGUCUUUUUUCGCAUUAUAAAGACACAACCACAGAAAAAGGAAGAGAAAAUAAACAAGAAAAAUAAAAUAAGAUUGCAACAUCUGGCUGCCAAAUUUAUCUUUGUACGGAUUAAGAAGUUAAUAACUGACAUUGCUCUCGUGUUCGUUCGUGUGGAGAAAAUAGGGUGCAUACAUACAACAUCGAAAAGCGUGUAAUAACAUUAUUUUUUUAAACAGAAACUUACCUAAUCUGUAUUCGAAGUUCCGUGUUUGUAAAUCUAUCGCCUGCUAACGUUAGAAGAAUAGUGUGCGAUCGCUGAAAUUCUACUGAAAUUUUACUGGGAUUUUAGCAAUACUGUGUUACGUUACGAGCGAGCAAGUUAAACACGGAUUGAACAGCUGAUGCUUCAUUGAGACCGGCGAAAUGUCAAAGUCUAGGCAAAUUACCUUACGUGUGCAAUGUUCAGAAGGAACAAAGCGUAUAGAUGUAAAUCUGUCUGAUACAAUUUCUCAAUUGUAUGAUAAGGUUUCUAAAACUUUUGAAUUGAAUACUUUUGGAUUUGGACUCUAUAAGGAACGAAAUCAUAAAAAUGAACUUCCAGUUUCUCAUAACAGAACAAUUUCAGGAGCACGCCUUUCUCAUGGAGAUAUGUUAUAUCUAGCUCCUCAGAGUAGUACACAGUUGUGGAGUACUCCUUCAACUAGUACUGCCAACAUUGAUAUUUCUCAAGAAACAAAACCAAUGGAUGAAACAGAGACUAGCAACCAUACUAUCAAUGCUUCUCGAUCUGUAUCAAAUGCAAUGGAAGACGUUGAUGAACAAUUAUGGAAACUUGAUGGCAAAAUACAAAGAAAACGUGAUGAAAAACUAUGUAGACAUGGUGCAAAUGGAUGCUGUGUUCAUUGUACUCCUUUAGAACCUUUUGAUGAAGCUUAUCUUAAGGAACAAAAUAUAAAACAUUUGUCUUUUCAUUCGUAUCUCAGGAAACUCACUGCUGGAGUUGAUAGGGGGAAGUUUAUACAAUUAGAAGACAUAAACUGCCGUAUAAAAACUGGUUGUAAAGAUCAUCCACCUUGGCCACGAGGUAUAUGUAGCAAAUGCCAACCAAGCUCUAUUACCCUGAAUCGACAAACUUAUCGUCACGUGGACAACGUUAUGUUUGAAAAUCCAAGCUUAGUUGAACGCUUUCUUAAUUAUUGGCGCAGCACCGGUCAUCAACGUAUUGGAUUUUUAUACGGAAGAUACGAAAUACAUACAGAUGUACCAUUAGGCAUUAGAGCUGUUGUCGCGGCUAUUUACGAGCCACCACAGGAAAGUACAAAAAAUUCUAUACGACUUUUACCGGAUGAAAAAGAAGUGGUAGUGGAUGAAUUGGCUCAUUUACUUAAUUUAAAAAGAGUUGGAUGGAUUUUUACAGACCUUAUAGUUGACGAUAUCAAGAAAGGAACGGUAAAACACGUUCGAAAUAUAGAAAGUCACUUUUUAUCUGCUCAAGAAUGUAUUAUGGCUGGGUAUUUCCAAAACAAAUAUCCAAAUCCUUGUCGUUUUUCUCCUAAUAAUUAUUUUGGUUCAAAGUUUGUUACUGUUUGUGUUACUGGUGAUGAGAAAAAUCAAAUUCAUAUGGAAGGUUAUCAAGUGUCCAAUCAAUGCAUGGCAUUGGUUCGAGAUAGCUGCUUGGUUCCUACGAAAGAUGCUCCAGAAUUGGGCUAUGUAAUUGAAUCAACAGAUAAACAGUAUGUCCCAGAUGUCUUCUACAAGGAAAAAGAUUCUUAUGGAAAUGAAGUGUCAAGGCUAGCAAGACCUUUGCCAGUAGAAUAUUUAUUGGUAGAUAUACCUGCAUCCAUGCCACUUAAUCCACAGUUUACUUUUUAUGUUAGCAAUAAUAUUACACCAUUUCUUAUUGAAAAUAGACUCAUCGAUGGACAAAUUCAAGAAUUUAGCUCACUUUGUUCUUACAUGCAGCAAUUUAGUAAAGAACAAUUUCUAGAAGCAGUUUCAGAUUUUCACUUAUUAAUUUUUAUUGCAACAAUGGAUAUGUUUCCAAUGAAGGACCAUAUGAUGCCAUUAUUAGAAGCAAUUCGUACAAAAGAUAGAGAAAAAGCUAUAGAGUGGUCACAUUCAGAACAAUGGGCAACAGUAGAGCAACUUAUAUCUGAAACUACAGCAUCUACAUCUCAACCAAUGUUUGAUAAUAGCUCAAGAAUUUCAGCUUCUGCGCUUGCAGAGGGAAGUGGAAUAGCAGUUGGUACAGACUCAAUUGUAAAUUCACCACCUGAUCAAGGACUUUGGACUUGUUCACAUUGCACAUUUCUCAAUGCAGCAGAUUUUGCAAUGUGUGAAAUGUGUGGUUUGCCAAGAAAUACGUAACAAACUGUCAUUAUAUUGCUUUUGUAUGCAAUUGAGGGUGUUGUCCUUAAAUUGCAAAUUUGCUCCUGCAGGUUUUGACAGAUACUGUGUUCUUGCAGAUAUAAAAAUUGUUUUCAGCGCAUACCUGGCUUUAUUUAUGAGUGAAUAAAAAGAGGAAAAAGUAUCUUUCACCGAAAUCUA